UUGCAUGGAAAAUCCCAAUAUGAAAUUUCCACUUUGUAUGAGUGCAGCUUGCACCACUGAUUCUUUGUUUUAUCUAUCCCAGAAGAAGUUAUACCUAUGCUCUUUGCAUCGAGACUUGAAGUACUCUGAAGAGGAAGCUAUUAGACUAGUUCCACCGGAAUCAGCCAAGAUGUUAUUGAAGGUUAUUGACUACUGUAGGAAGGAAGUUGGAGUAUCCUUAGCAACUUACAGUAACCUUGUCCCUGCCUCAGACUGCUCAAGCUUCAAUCUAAACCUCCAAGAGUCGCUCACUGAUAUAUCUUCGCGCUUGCAAGACUGUAUCUGCAGGAAGCAGUACUUCAAGCUUGAGGGAUUGCUCAGAGAAGCUAAGCAGCUAGAGGAUUUACUGAUGAAUGAUAAAGUCUUUUUGAAAUUCAGCGCUGCAAAGAAUUGGAAAGAGGCUUUUGAUGGCAUCGAAGGGGUAAGAGAGAAGACAAUUGAUGAGAUCAUCAAAGAUCUGGAUAAAAAAUAUGCAAAUAUAUUGAAGAUUACUACGAAGAAGCUUCAAGAGCAAAGACAUGAUAUUCAGAAGCGAAAGGAUGAAGAAAUAACCACUCUAAAAUCCCAACUCACAUCCAAAAACAAGACUAUCCGUGACCUAAAAUAACGACAUCCAAAAACUAAAGGAUACAAAUAGUAGAAACCUGAAAGAGAAAGAAAAGAAUCAUAAGAACAACAUGAAGAACCAGAAAUUAACAUUCUUGGGCCAACUAGAGGAAAAGGAUAAGAUUAGACAACAAGAUAUGGGGAGAUAUAAAGAAACUAUCGAGGCGUUAAAACAAGAAAUAAAACAACUAAAGCAAGUUGUAAGCGUACAAAAGGAAGACAUAAGUAAAUCAAAGCAAUCUAGAGGCAUACCAAAUCAAAAUAUUCCCUAUUCCAAAGAAGAAACUAAGCAAGAAGUUAUAGACACAUCACAAAGCAAGACUGCAGUUAAAGAAUCUCCCAAAAAGGCAUCUAUAUCUAUGAACAACUCUUGAAAACCUUUGGCUAGAUUAAAAGAAAUUUUUAAACAAGAAAGUAAACCUCCAGUUGAAACGUAUUCAAAACAAGAAUUGAGAGAACUCUACAAGAAGGGUUCUGGUGAUUAUAAUAAAUUCAAAGAAAGGCUCAAAGGAAAAGAUAUAGAUAUAUGGUUAUUUCUUAAUUAUUGGAGAGGAGGGGAUUUAAGGUUUUGAAAGAAAUAAAAAAGAAAGUACCUGAUUUAAAGUCACUAAAAAUUUCAGGCUAUGUAUAUAAGAAUUUAAAAACUGUGAAUUCUUUCUUUAAAAAUUAUUUUCCAGAUAAA